AUGAAAGAAAAAACAAAUUUGAACCAGAUUGUCAGACGAAAUAUUGGAUUUACUUCAAAUUCAUUCGUUGAAAUUAUACAAAUACAUCAUCAUCAUCAUCAUCAUCAUCAUCAUCAUCAUCAUCAUCAUCAUCAUCAUCAUCAUCAUCAUCAUCAUCAUCAUCAUCAUCAUCUCAUCAUCAUCAUCAUCAUCAUCAUCAUCAUCAUCAUCAUCAUCAUCUCAUCAUCAUCAUCAUCAUCAUCAUCAUCAUCAUCAUCAUCAUCAUCAUCAUCAUCAUCAUCAUCAUCAUCAUCAUCAUCAUCAUCAUCAUCAUCAUCAUCAUCAUCAUCAUCAUCAUCAUCAUCAUCAUCAUCAUCAUCAUCAUCAUCAUCAUCAUCAUCAUCAUCAUCAUCAUCAUCAUCAUCAUCAUCAUCAUCAUCAUCAUCAUCAUCAUCAUCAUCAUCAUCAUCAUCAUCAUCAUCAUCAUCAUCAUCAUCAUCAUCAUCAUCAUCAUCAUCAUCAUCAUCAUCAUCAUCAUCAUCAUCAUCAUCAUCAUCAUCAUCAUCAUCAUCAUCAUCAUCAUCAUCAUCAUCAUCAUCAUCAUCAUCAUCAUCAUCAUCAUCAUCAUCAUCAUCAUCAUCAUCAUCAUCAUCAUCAUCAUCAUCAUCAUCAUCAUCAUCAUCAUCAUCAUCAUCAUCAUCAUCAUCAUCAUCAUCAUCAUCAUCAUCAUCAUCAUCAUCAUCAUCAUCAUCAUCAUCAUCAUCAUCAUCAUCAUCAUCAUCAUCAUCAUCAUCAUCAUCAUCAUCAUCAUCAUCAUCAUCAUCAUCAUCAUCAUCAUCAUCAUCAUCAUCAUCAUCAUCAUCAUCAUCAUCAUCAUCAUCAUCAUCAUCAUCAUCAUCAUCAUCAUCAUCAUCAUCAUCAUCAUCAUCAUCAUCAUCAUCAUCAUCAUCAUCAUCAUCAUCAUCAUCAUCAUCAUCAUCAUCAUCAUCAUCAUCAUCAUCAUCAUCAUCAUCAUCAUCAUCAUCAUCAUCAUCAUCAUCUCAUCAUCAUCAUCAUCAUCAUCAUCAUCAUCAUCAUCAUCAUCAUCAUCAUCAUCAUCAUCAUCAUCAUCAUCAUCAUCAUCAUCAUCAUCAUCAUCAUCAUCAUCAUCAUCAUCAUCAUCAUCAUCAUCAUCAUCAUCAUCUUCUUCUUCUUCUUCUUCUUCUUCUUCUUCUUCUUCUAGGAUCAAAAUGUAGUUUAAAAUGGAGAUAA